GCAGGCCUGCACGGCGGACUGCAAAGCAGGAUAAUGAAUGGGCCACUUUAUUCAUUGAAAAAACUUGAAACAUUUUUGGUGUUUGAUAAAGUUUUAAAACAGUAAAAUAUGUAAUUUAUCCUCAAAAACUUGUGUAUGUUCAAUAAAAUCAAUGCUUUGUUCAUAUAACCUUGCUAAGAAACAAUUGAUGUUCUUAUAAUGUGUAAAACAAUGAGUAAAUACGCUUUGCUGUUCUUGCUAAGCUUUUUAUAUUUUUGUAAUGGAAUAGAGAUACCCGAAAAAUUUCAAAAAUCCAACCAUACCAACAAUUGGGCGGUGCUGGUCGAUACUUCGCGAUUUUGGUUUAACUACCGGCAUGUGGCCAACGUGCUCUCUAUAUACCGCAGCGUCAAACGGCUAGGAAUACCGGACAGCCAGAUUAUUCUCAUGAUAUCCGAUGACAUGGCCUGUAACCCUAGGAAUCCUAGACCUGCCACAAUCUUCAACAAUGCUCAUGAACAAAUUAAUGUUUAUGGAGACGAUGUAGAGGUGGACUAUAGAGGAUAUGAGGUUUCAGUUGAGAAUUUCGUAAGACUGCUUACUGGGAGAGUGCCGCCUGACACCCCUCGAUCAAAGAGGCUCCUCACGGACGAAGGGAGUAACAUCCUUAUAUACUUAACCGGUCAUGGGGGUGAUGGUUUCCUGAAGUUCCAAGACUCGGAGGAGAUCACAAGCCAGGAGUUAGCUGAUGCACUUGAACAGAUGUGGCAGAAGAGAAGGUAUAAUGAAAUAUUCUUCAUAAUAGAUACUUGCCAAGCAUCAUCUAUGUAUGAGAAAUUCUACUCCCCAAAUAUUCUAGCAACAGCGAGUAGUUUGGUCGGUGAAGAUUCUCUUUCUCAUCAUGUAGAUUCAGCAAUAGGAGUGUACAUAAUUGACAGAUACACCUACUAUGUACUGGAGUUUUUGGAAAAUGUACACCCCAACAGCAAGAGAACUAUGUCGGAAUUUCUGGCAGUGUGUCCCAAAAGUGCAUGUUUAUCAACAGUAGGAGUACGGAAAGAUCUGUUCAAAAGAGACCCAACUAAAGUGCCAAUAACUGACUUCUUUGGGUCAGUUAGACCCGUUAUACUUACCACUGAUCCCAUCGACAUACAAAUUGAACCAAAGAGAAAGAGAAAGAAUGAGAUAGAGAACAAAACCAAAGUACCUGAGAAGAGGGAAUACUCACCACAAUUUCCUAUGCAUUUGAUUCAAACCACAUAAAGUAUUGUAGAAAUAUAAUAAAUACUAGAUAAUA